AUGUCCUCCGCAUCACCAACACCAGCACGAGGCGCCGUCGCCGCCACCGACGCGGCCCCCAGCGCUCAGUUCCCUUCGGCAACAGAACACAAUGUCUAUGCCGACAACCGCGACGAAGACAUCUUUGGCUGGAUCCAACCCGACGAGUGGGAUACCGUCGCAGGCGUCAACAAGAACAAUUUCAUGCGCGGCGACUGUCUUGAAUGUGCGGCCGACCAGGAAAAGACGGCUGCCCCCGCAUCAUCAACACUUCAGAGUUGCGGUGGCCCCAGCUGUGGCUACGGUGCACAAUGCUGCGAGUACAGCCGUCGCGCCACCCACGCUGUUGGAUCAUCACAACGCACACCCGCCCUGCUCCUGCAACGCAGCAACACCAAAGCUGGUGGCAACACCACCAUCGCUGAUCUUGCUAAAAAGGAGCAGAAGAGCAGUCUAGGCGUCAGCCUCAUCGACAUCAUCCAUGGCCGUAGCUGUCGCCCCAUCAGCCUUCUCGAUCUGCGCACCUUUUUGCAUUUUCAGCGUCUCCCUCACAAGCGUUUGCCAGCCUAUUACCCAGCAUCGGACAUGCAGAGCUCUGCUAUCGACGACUUGGACCUCAACUUUGAUCUGCCUUCCUCGUCGACAUCAUCGCCACCCUCGCCAAGGUAUAUGAAGGAAAAGGAGCAAACCGCAGAGCGUCUUCACUACGACGAGGUGGAUGCUUUGGACUUCUUGGUAGCCUACGAGCGCUACGUCACCAAGUUCAGGGACCAAGCGCGUGCAGACCGCCUCAAGAGUCCAGACCCGGCGACAUGCAAAGCAGCUGUCCGAGCUUACGUGCGAAGGGCCUGCAAGGGUCGCGCAUCGUCCGAUCUCACCGCUAUGGAUGUUUUGCUUCAGGGUUCCGAAACCACGGAUGAUCUCUCCGACAUCCCCGAGGAGAUGUCGCGGGAAGUGCUUGCUCGACUCAAGCCAUCCGACUUGGGCCUCAAGCCCGAAACGCAGCCUCUUCGAGUCGACUUCGAUCGCAUGGUGCAUCGCUACCUUUGCUCUCGACGUGCCUGCAUCCUGCCGAGCUCGCGAAAGGGCCGAAAGAAGCGCUACUCCAGCUCGUCAUCCGACACCGUAGCCGACGCACCCGACUCGCCAGUGCGCCAACUUGGCUCGUCCAAGAACGACAAGAUGCCGCGUCUCCGCUGGAUGGUCGACAUGGGCCUCAUCUCCGAGGGCGACUUGCAACUCGCUCUGGCCGAAUGCGACUUCUCGACCCACCCAGAGGUGCUCGCGCCCGUCGCAGAGGCGGUCUACGCCUACAUGUCGCAGCACGUCGUCCCCUUCUUCUUCAUCUCGGUGACGAGCAAUCUCGGCAACAAGACCAAACGGGGUCGCCUCAUGGUCGGCAUUGUUCUGUCCACCAUUGCACUCAUCUUGAGCAUCCUGCUUAUUAUCGAGCCCUCGCCGUUUGCGCCGCGCGCCAAUGGCAACGGCGACAUCUCUCGGUGGUGGCGCCUACUCACGGCUCCCAUCUGGGCUGCGGGUCUGGGCUACGUUUUGGCCUACUUUACUGGUCUCUGCGUAUGGCUUACGCUGCGAGGCAACCGCGAACCGGACGCAGAGGAGGAGCGCGAGCGCGAAGAGAUCCGAUCGCGCAUCUCUGGUGAAGACGUUAUCGGCUUCGACCUCGCUGAGCUGCAAGCUGCGGCUGACCAGCGCGACGUCUCUGCCGAACAGGACACCAACCGGUGGAUGGCGCCUGAGAUCGCCAACAUCCUCACGGGCAUCACUGGCCUGAAGAAGGACAAGCAUCGCAAGAACCGUUCUUCCUCAGAUCUCCCUGCCGCUCGCAGCGGCGGUGAUCUGCGCAACCUCGAGGAGGGUCGCCACCGCUCCAAGUCUGAAGUCACCGAGAGUGGCUUCACCAACAAGGACUCGUUUGAGCUUGGCGAUACGUCCAAUGCUGUUCAUCUGCAGCCAUACUUUGAAAAGGAGUCGCUGACAGCGCCCGCGGCUGUGAUCCUUCACACGCCUCGCAGGCCGGCCGUGGCCGAAUCCGUGGGUAGGCCAUCAGCGACCUUUUCGGAUGCACACACCUCGCACCCAGUGCGCCCGAGCAUGGAUCGCGCCCCGAACUCAUCCGACGGCUCCGUCGACCGCCCCCUCGCCCCCGGCGCUGCGGUGAUCAAGCAAAAGCGCGUCCCUUUGCUCAACUUCAGCAUCGGCAUCAUGACCAAGAACGGCGCCGAGGCGGCGGACGAGUCUGUGGAGACGCCGGCAUUUACGCGGGACGCGCUGCUGUUCGAUCCAGAACUGGCCACUCGUGCUGCGCCUGGUUCGCCGGACGCCUCGGUCUCGCCGCAGCCGGGCAUGGCCCGCCGCAAGUCCCUCUCGCACACGCUGCUGCCGUUCAAGUCGUCGACCAAGGCGGUGGAGAGCGAUGCGGAGAAGGAGGAAUUCGCGUUGCCGACCAUCCCAGAGCCGGAACCGGCGGCGUUGGAUCCGCGCGACAUCGCUCCUUGGUCCGCACCCGCUCCCGCCCCUCUGACUGACCGACCGCUGCUGUUCUCGCUGCCUACGGAUCGCAAAUCGCGCCUGUCGGCGGCGACGAGCACCACCGCCGUCGCACCCACCCCCGUCCCCGUCCCACGUGGACCCAAGCGCGCGUACGAUAGCAAGAUGCCCCUCCACCGCCGCGUCUGGAGCGCGGUGCAGAGAGGAACCGGUUUCGCCGUCGGCACGGAGCGCGUACUGGACGCGCGCGUCAGAAGGGCUCAGCAGAUGAAGGCGCUCCGAAUCACCGCGCUGGAUGCGCUCGCGACCGUCGUCGUGGUGGUCAUCGUCAUGGUCAUUCCGUAG